CUCGGCGCCCGCGGAGAUGGCGGUGCGCGUCAAGCGGGAGCCUCGCAGCCCGCAGCCGUGGCGGGGGUUGUUGGCCGACGCGCCUCGCGUAGCGGCCGGCUGGGGGCGGGUGAAGCGGGAGCCCGACGACGAGGUCGCCAUCAAGCAGGAGCCCGACGAGCCGGUGGAGGAGGAGGAGGAUGGCGACACGGAGCCCACAGUAAAGUAUGGUCGAUUUGACCCAGAAGAUCGACGGAGCAGGCACUGUCCAUACCUGGACACCAUAAACAAGAGCGUCCUGGAUUUUGACUUUGAGAAGCUGUGUUCAAUCUCACUUUCGCAUAUCAAUGUCUAUGCUUGUUUGGUGUGUGGGAAAUAUUUCCAGGGCCGGGGCCUGAAGUCACAUGCUUACAUUCACAGUGUCCAGUUCAGUCACCAUGUGUUCCUCAACCUUCACACCUUGAAGUUCUACUGCCUGCCAGACAACUAUGAAAUCAUUGACUCUUCUCUUGAGGAUAUCACAUACGUGUUGAAGCCCACCUUCACCAAGCAGCACAUCGCCAACCUGGACAGACAGGCCAAACUUUCACGCGCCUACGAUGGCACGACAUACCUGCCGGGCAUUGUGGGAUUGAAUAACAUAAAAGCAAAUGACUAUGCAAAUGCAGUUCUCCAGGCAUUGUCAAAUGUCCCACCCCUGCGGAAUUACUUUCUGGAGGAGGAGAAUUACAAAAAUAUUAAGCGCCCUCCAGGGGAUAUCAUGUUUCUGCUGGUUCAGAGGUUUGGAGAGCUCAUGAGGAAGCUGUGGAAUCCCCGGAAUUUCAAAGCUCAUGUCUCUCCCCAUGAGAUGCUGCAGGCUGUGGUUCUAUGCAGUAAGAAGAACUUCCAAAUCACCAAGCAAGGUGAUGGAGUUGAUUUUCUUUCUUGGUUCCUGAAUGCCUUGCACUCUGCUCUCGGGGGGACAAAGAAGAAGAAAAAGACCAUUGUGACAGACGUCUUCCAGGGCUCCAUGAGGAUAUUUACCAAGAAAUUACCACACCCUGAUCUGCCCGCGGAGGAAAAGGAGCAGCUGCUCCAGAACAAUGAGUAUCAAGAAAAAAUGGUGGAGUCCACCUUCAUGUACCUGACCCUGGACCUCCCCACUGCUCCCCUCUACAAGGACGAGAAGGAACAGCUCAUAAUUCCACAAGUGCCACUUUUCAACAUAUUGGCCAAGUUUAAUGGAAUAAUGGAAAAGGAGUACAAAACAUACAAAGAGAAUUUCCUAAAACGUUUCCAGCUCACCAAGCUGCCUCCUUACCUCAUUUUCUGUAUCAAGAGGUUCACCAAGAACAACUUCUUUGUGGAAAAGAAUCCCACCAUUGUCAAUUUCCCCAUCACGAACGUCGAUCUCCGAGAAUACCUCUCAGAAGAAGUGCAGGCUGUGCAUAAGAACACGAUCUAUGACCUCAUUGCAAACAUCGUGCAUGAUGGUAAACCUGCUGAAGGGGCCUACCGGAUUCACGUCUUGCAUCAUAUCUGGAAAAGGAGAGAGACCCACGAAGAGAGCCACCAGCAAGGAACGUGAACAAGGCAUUGUGGCAUGGAACAGACUCAGCCAGAGGCUGGAAGGCUGCUGCAGAUGGAGGGUUCCUAAAAUGGGUUGCCUGGGCUGUUCGGGGAGGCUGGGGUCUCUUUUGAAGCCUCUCCUUUGUGCCCAGUCUUGCUUCUGCGUCAGUGGAGGUUCCUCCCUGGCCCUUCAGCCUUGAGGCAGGAGCCCCUUGCAGCAGCAGCAGCAGCAAGUGGGCUGGUCUUCACUCCUCUGGGCACCCCCAACGCAACCCUGUUUCAUCCUCCAUUUGGAGAAGAUCUUGUGGGGGGGCGGACGCUUCUGCUCCUCUCUGGGCAUUAAACGUGCAUGCUUGUUUUUUUCCUAA